UCGGAGUGCCGUCGCCCCCAAAGCCGCUUAACCAGCGAGGAGAUCGGCGAGACGCGAUCCCGUCGCUUUCGUUUUCGGAUGCUCGACCUUUAACAUCCCCCCCUCGGAGGGGUCUCUCCGAGUCUUCUCCUCUCCUUUCCCUCCCUUUUCGCCCCCAAAAAUCGCUGCUUUGAGGCUCCCCACUCCCCCCAGCUUUGUUCAGGACACCUCUCUUCUGCCAACUCUAUAAAGCUAGGGUUUUGUUCUCCCCUCUUGCUCUUCUCGUUUCUUCUCUUCUUGGGAUGAGAGAUGGCGGCGAGCUCGAGGGGGCUGGAAGCACCGCCGUGCAGCCUUAGGAUCAGGUGGAUCUCGGCGUCUCCUCUCGCGCGGCCGAUCCAUGGACUGGGAUUCAGAAGGGAAUGGCUGGGAGGAGGGGCUCGAUGUUGCUCUGGCGAUGCGGAGUUCCGGAAGCUCGGAAAGGGGACGAAUGCCGCCGCCGAGAAGGCCGAGGUGCGGUGGCUGGAGCCGACGAAGAGCUCCCGGAGAGUCUGCGUGAAAGCUUUGCCCGCGGUUCCCUUCCCUUCGCAUCGCUCACGGGGGCUCUCCAAACAACAAGACUUCUAUCCUCGCUGCAGUCCAAGAAACUCUGGUCCUCAGUCUCGUGAUACUCCACCAAAGAGAGACACUGGUAUUGCUAGUGAGAAGGACUGGGGUAUCAACCUGCUAGAUGAAAAGGUCGACGAGUCUGGCACAAAUGAAGAUGGUAGUACAUGGUACCGGGAAAGUGGAGAAGAUCUUGGUGAUAAUGGAUACAGAUAUCGUUGGGCUAGGAUGGGAGGCCAAUCUCGUGAUGGUUCCACAGAAUGGAAAGAAACUUGGUGGGAGAAAAGUGAUUGGACCGGAUACAAGGAGUUAGGUGCUGAGAAAUCUGGAAAAAAUGCUGAAGGAGAUUCGUGGUGGGAAACAUGGCAAGAAGUUCUGUACCAAGAUGAAUGGAGUAAUCUUGCAAGAAUAGAGAGGAGUGCACAGAAACAAGCAAAAUCAGGCACGAAAAAUGCUGGAUGGUAUGAGAACUGGUGGGAAAAAUAUGAUGCAAAAGGUUCAACAGAGAAAAAAGCCUAUAAGUACGGAAGACUGAAUGAGCAAUCCUGGUGGGAAAAGUGGGGAGAAUAUUAUGAUGGAAGAGGAUUUGUAGCUAAAUGGACCGAUAAAUGGGCAGAAACUGAGUUAGGUACCAAAUGGGGAGACAAAUGGGAGGAGAGGUUUUUUGCUGGAAUAGGUUCACGACAAGGGGAGACAUGGCAUGUAUCUCCUACCGGUGAAUGUUGGUCAAGAACCUGGGGUGAAGAACACUUUGGAAAUGGGAAAGUACAUAAAUAUGGCAACAGCACAACGGGAGAAAGCUGGGAUAUUGUGGUCGACGAAGAAACCUAUUAUGAGGCUGAGCCUCACUAUGGAUGGGCAGAUGUUGUCGGCGAUUCGACACAGUUGUUAUCUAUACAACCUCAGGAAAAGUCACCAGGUGGGUAUACUGGUCUUUAUUUUGGGUCAUCGCCACCGGAAACAGAUGAUCCACCAGAUACACCUCCCACCCCUCCACAGUGAAGAGUUUAUUGUAGGUAGCCCCAAUUUUUUAUUGGACUCCAGUUUUGUGCUAAAUACCCUUCUUGUAUAAAAAGACAUGCCAAAAACUCAUUCUUCAGUUCAUCAGUUCAUUUAUUCCUUGAAAUUCUCCUUGGUGGCAUUUCAUCAUUCUGAUACUAUGUAACUGUUGGAGAUUUCUAAUGAUUUUUUUUCUUGCUUUGA